AGAAACAUAGCAAAACGUUGUGCAUUGUAUCUUCUAACUCUACUGCUCGUAGUGAGUUCGCGGCGCAAAGGACACCAUGCGAAGCAAUUACGUGUUGCGAACGAGGGAGCCAUGGAUGGCUUCGCAUUGGCACGGCCAUCGCUUCGCUUUCUUCGAGACGUUGCCCGUACGGAAAGAAUAGGAGAUUCUCAUACAGUUGACAGGUUGUAGCAAUCAUGCCAUCCUUAUUUCGUCGUAACGUUUCCUCUCUUAUCCUGUUGGGGAUUUGUAGCUUUACGCAUUCCUUGGCUUCGAGACAUUUUCUCUCGCACGCUUCACGACGCCCCCUCGCAUUUCCCAGUACGGGAGACACUAGGUCUUCUUUGGCAUCUUCUUCAUCCAACCAGAGCCUGACGCCAUCGAAAGAUGCGGAGAUGCGAAAUAUUCGUGACUUGGACCACCUCACAGUACAGGUGCUUUUCGAGAACGAGUGCGACGCCAUGAGUAGUGCGGGUUGCGAUCACGGUUUCGGAUUCUCCUACACGCCCGAACGAGCCAAUUUGCAUCCACAUGCCGCACAAUCGUCGGUUCUCCCAACUACCGUAACUGGUGAUUGUACCUGCCGCGCCGGGCAUGGCCUUUCAUUGCUCUUGACGGCACACACGUCCAACGUUGAUAAGAUUCCGUUCGCCACGUCAGCUGUCGAGGGCAGGACAGCGGCUCUGUCGGAUCAAGGAUCAAUAUCCCACACGCUACUACUAGAUGCUGGGUCGGAUGCAGACUUGUGGAAAUCGAACGCUGAUAAGUUGAACAGUGUUCGUCUGGCCGACAUCGAGGCGGCCGUUUUGUCUCAUUAUCACUACGACCACUCCGGAGGUCUGGUGGGGGCCAUUCAGACCAUCACCGAUGCUCGGAAUAAACAAGGAAAACAAGGUCCCAGCAUCGUCAUUGAUUUGCACUCUUCUGGAAUCGUAAAACGUGGCAGGCCUUCACCCGAAAACCCACACCAGGUUAUACCUCACCGGCCAGACAAUCCCACGCCCGAGCAGCUGUGCGAAGCAUCCGCCGGUUCCGUUGACGUACAAUUACACGAUCAGGGGCACACUUUGUGCGACGACACAUUUUUUGUUAGUGGCUACAUUCCUCGUGACCGGACAAACUACGAAAAGGGUAUACCUAAUCAUUUGACUCAGAAGCGAGACAGUGGAGAAUGGGAGCUCGAUGAAGAAAUUGUUGAUGAGCGAUACGUUGCAUGCAAAAUAAAGAAUCGCGGAUGGGUUGUUUUUUCGUCCUGUUCCCACGCGGGUAUCAUUAAUGUUUGUCGCGAUGUCCUCCUUCGUUCAAGCGGGAACGGCCAACAGGACCAGUUGUAUGCAGUCAUUGGCGGUUUUCAUUUAGGGGGUGCCGCUGUUGAAGACCGAAUCGAACGAACGGUUGCGGAUUUGCAGAGCUUGAAUCCUUCGGUUGUAUUGGCAGGGCAUUGCACAGGCUGGAAAGCCAAAGUCGCUUUGGCGAAUGCCUUUCCUGGUCGAUUUCAACCUCUUGCCGUUGGGGCCAAGUACGAUUUCGAUGCAGCCUAA